AAUUAUGUCAGUAGAAGUCCUUUUGGAAAUGUUCGAACAGCAACGUGGGAAACCUCUACAAUUGUUCUUAAAAGCAUAAUCAUUAAUGCUUGUCAAAUUGAUAGCGGAAUUAUUGAUGAAAUAAAGAAUGCUGUUAAUGACAGUAAAAUCGUUCCCAUUGAAACUACAAUUAGCAAUAAUAAAACCAUUAUUACUAAUGCGAUUAGAUUGUUUAUUAACGAGAAAGUUUCUUUUGUAUCAUCAUGCAUAGAAAUUAAAUUUUCGCUUAUUGGACUAGUAAAAUUAGCAGGAACUAAUUCUACUAAUUGGGUUAAUGUUUUCAAUGUAUCCUCUAAUGCUGGUGUAUAUGCAUAUGGAAAUGGGUUAAUACAGGUUUUAUUCGCCUAUGAAGGAUGGAAUAAUAUAAAUU